CCUCAUCAAUCUUCUGGGUUUUCCGUUCCAUCUAUGAGGUACAAUUAAUGACCAUGGAGAAUUUCCUCACUUCGUCAGCAUAACACUUUCUGCACUGCUCGAAACCUGGCAACCUCAAACGGACUCUCUUGCAGCGGACAUUUCUGAUACCCAGCAUCCCCACAAUUGACCAACACAGCUCUUUCCACCGAAACUACACACAAGUCAGAUGUUUUAUGUGAAUGUUCUUUCAGCCAUAAUAUUAGAAUAUAGUUAAGUCUCAUAAGGCUCGAUAUUUUUUUUUUUUAUGUUCUGGGUAAUGUCUGAAAAUCAUCAAGAAACAACAAUUUGUGUCAUCACUUUCACUAAUUAUUCUCCAGACCGGACCAGACAGUGAGCCAGGCAGAUAGCAUCUCGAUUGCUAAUGUCUGACGGUGUAGUGAGAGAUGCAGAUGCUCUCCCCGAUGCGGUUGCCUGUCGUUUGAAGCCGGUCGAAACUCCAAGAACCAAUACAGGCAGAACCAUGGACAGAUCCUGUAAAAAAUGGUCAGCCUGUGAUGUACGUGGGUGAGGAGGAAAGCGGGUAAGGAGAUGGGCUGCACCUCGGCCAAGCAGGUGUCGGCAGUGCCAAGUGGUGAGGAGGGCCGCAGUAAAGCCUACAGCAAUGGGGACCUUCUUUCCGACGAGUACAAAAAAGGAGUGGAAAAGGUCAAAUAUAUCAAUGGAGAAGAGGACAGACUGAACACCUGCAACCAGGACAGCACGGAGAAAACUGCCCUGCUCACUAGGGUCCAACGCACAGAUGACACAGGAUCAAAUGGCAAUGGGAAGACACAUAUCCAUUCUUCAGAGAGCCAGCAAGAGUUCUUCAGGAUGCUGGAUGAGAAGAUAGAAAAGGGGCAGGACUACUGCUCAGAGGAAGAGGAUAUGACAUAGCACUGAGGUCCGCUAUCUGCUCCCCUGAGAAGAAGGAUUUGUCCAAUGGAGGCUGGUGUCAUUUCAGCCAUUACAAUGAGCCCAUCCUCCAAUUUCUCCCUCCACUGGAUUUUUCCAAUGGCAUGGACAGACUGUACCACAUAUACCUUACCCAAUCAAUCAAUCAAUUUUAUUUUAUAUAGCCCUUCGUACAUCAGCUAAUAUCUCGAAGUGCUGUACAGAAACCCAGCCUAAAACCCCAAACAGCUAGUAAUGCAGGUGAAGAAGCACGGCCCAAUGGCCCCUCCUCCUUUUGGACUGGCCCAUUUCGUGGAUGGAGUGGGAGACACGUUGACCCUCAAGCACCUUUGCUUACCACACUGUCUAUAUCCACAACCGUCUCCCCGUAACAGAUGUUUGAGUCCAUUGCGACAAUGUUUUCCCCCCCAAAGAAGCAAUGUUACAAGUCAUGGCUGGGACUACUUCCAUGCACCAGGUGUAUAAUUUUGAACAACUCUCCAAGUCUGUCGCCAUGGUUACCCUGCACACUAAGUACAGCAGCUGCUCUAGACUCUGUGACUGUGGUCCGUUAAAAGACACUGGACUUCCAGUCAUUUUGAACCCAUGGAUUGACUAAAGCCACAACCAAUAACCAUGAUGGUAUUGGUCUCAAAGAACAUUUGUCACCCUUAUCUGAUUCUGAUUGGAUUAUGAACAGUGGAGGUAAUGGAGAGCGGAGGAAAAUGAAUCUGGGAAUUAUUCCAGGGGUCGUAUUCAUUAGGCACCAAAUGGAAGAAAACGUCCUGAAACAGGGAGGGCCUUCGAAUAGGAAGCGGCACUUGACAUUUUCCAUAGCAAAAUGUUUUUUCUACAGUGUUCCCUAAUGAAUGCGAUCCAGGUGGCUGAAACGUUGCGCAUUGCAGAUAGAAACACGAAUACAGCUGCUGAUGAUCCUUAUCAUUGCAUUAUAUCAUUAUCUCUAUGUAGUGUAUAUCUAUCUGCAACAUUCCAAGCGUGCCACCCCAAUGAACACACCCUUGGAGGGGAAACCGGGGUUACUUACUUCCUGCAUUCCAAGACACUUUUUGAAUCUUCUUUUCUACAGUAUGUUCAUAUGCGAUUCAUAGUCUAUCUAUGUCUUCUUACUUCACCAUGUAGGGUAUUAUUUUUUAAUUUUAAUGCUCAGGGUUGAAGUGUUCUAGUCAUUGUCUUUUGUAGGAGAGCCUACCUCUUCAUUAGGCUUUGUUCUACCAUUUGUGUACACACACACACACGGUUAUUUCCCUAGCACCCUACUGUCACUAUCUGUUCUUCUUACCUGUUAAUAAGACCACCUCAGUGUUAAAUCUACAGGCAGUAUACUGUAUUAGGAGCAAAGAUCAUGCAACGGUCUUUGCAUUUGUUGUCAUGGUCAUUUUUGUGUGCUUGUUUUUCAUGUUCAAAUGUUUUUAAUUUUUUAUUAUAGUCAAAUAAAAAAAACAAGAAAUGUU